GGAGAGGGAGGGGGCAACCGGGCAGGCAGAGUGAGUGUGUGUCACCCGGCCAGCACAGGUGCAGAGACAAGACUGAACUCCACAGGGACAGCACGGCUUUCAGACCACAGGGCCCUGACGGUAGAUGGACCCAGAAGGACAAUGCAAAGGGAAAGAUGGAGCGGAGGAGGAGGAGGACGGCAGGGUGCUGGUGAUGGAGAAAAACUGCAGACCCUGGCCGAAAACACGGAGGAGGAUCAGAGGCUGCCUGGAGUGCGUCAAGAGGCAGCUCUACCGUGUGGGCGAUGACUGGUACUUCCUCUUCACGCUGGGGGUCAUCAUGGCCCUCCUCAGCUUUGCCAUGGACUUCACCGUCUCCAGGAUGGCCAACGCCCACACGUGGCUUUACCAAGAGAUUGGGGAUUAUCCGGUGCUGAAGUAUCUCUCCUGGACAAUGUACCCCAUUGCCCUGUCAGCUUUCUCCACUGGCUUCGCGCAUAGCAUCACACCACACUCUGGAGGUUCCGGCAUCCCUGAACUCAAGACCAUCCUGACGGGGGUCAUCCUGGAGGAAUACUUGGCCAUUGAGAACUUUGGCGCCAAAGUGGUGGGGCUGACCUGCACCUUGGCCUGUGGGAGCACCGUCUUCCUGGGGAAAGUCGGUCCUUUCGUCCACCUCUCCAGCAUGAUCGCUGCCUACCUAGGGAAGAUUCGGACCACUGUCUCUGGGGAGUAUGAGAAUAAAAGCAAACAGAACGAGAUGCUGGUGGCAGGGGCAGCUGUGGGGGUGGCAACCGUCUUCGGGGCUCCCAUUAGCGGGGUCCUCUUCAGCAUUGAGGUCAUGUCCUCCCAUUUUGCUGUCCGUGACUACUGGAGGGGCUUCUUUUCGGCCACCUGCGGGGCCUUCAUGUUCCGUCUGCUGGCCGUCUUCAACAGUGAGCAAGAGACCAUAAUGGCUCUCUUCAAGACCAGCUUUAAGAUCGAUUUCCCCUUUGACCUGCCAGAGACCUUCGUCUUCAUGUUCUUAGGUGCAGUCUGCGGGGUCGUGAGCUGCGCCUACCUCUUCUGCCAGCGCUGGUUCCUGGGCUACGUCCGGAGGAACUCAUUCACAGCCAAGCUGCUUGCUGAGGAGAAGCCUCUCUACUCGGCGCUGGUAGCCCUCCUGCUCUCCUCCAUCACCUUCCCCCUUGGCCUGGGGCAAUUCAUGGCCUCCAGGCUGAGCAUGAAGGAACUCCUCACCUCCCUCUUAGACAACCGCACCUGGAGCGCCCUUUCCCCCAACGCCUCAGCGCUGGCCAGGCCUCUCCAAGUCGACACCCAGAACCUCUGGCUAGAGUGGUGGGACCCGAACAUCACUGUCUUUGGCACCCUGGCCGUCUUCCUGGUGAUGAAGUUCUGGAUGCUGAUCCUGGCCACCACCAUGCCUAUGCCCGCAGGGUAUUUCAUGCCAGUCUUUAUUUAUGGGGCUGCCAUCGGGCGCCUGGUGGGGGAAGCCGCUGCCUUGCUCUUCCCCCGGGGCAUCUCAGCGGAGGGGGGGCUCAGCCUCAUCACUCCUGGGGGGUAUGCGCUGGCAGGGGCGGCGGCCUUCUCUGGCUCGGUCACCCACACCCUCUCCACCGCCUUGCUGGUCUUUGAGAUGACGGGGCAGAUCGCCCACAUCCUGCCUGUCACCCUGGCCGUGCUCAUCGCCAACGCCAUUGCCCAGAAGUCCCAGCCCUCCUUCUACGAUGGGACCAUCAUCGUCAAGAAGCUGCCCUACUUGCCUCGCAUCCGGAGCAGGCACAUCGGCUCCUACAAGGUCACCACAGAGGAGUUCAUGAACACCGAAUUCGUCCCCCUGCCCAGGGACGCCAGCUACCAGGACAUCCUUGGGGUGGUCACCUCGACAGAUGACCCAGAAUACCCAGUGGUGGACAACACUGAAGCGGCGAUGUUGUUGGGAAUGGUCCAGCGAUCCGAGCUCAUAAAGUUUCUUCAGACCCGUGAUGAUGCCAGCCUGCCCCACCAGGAACAUAGGGAAGAGCCUGCAGCCUGCCAGACCUUGGAAGGCACCUGCGCCAUCAGCCCAGUGACGCUGCAGCUGUCACCUUGGAUGUCUCUCCACCAGGCACACAACCUUUUUGUGCUUCUGAAUCUGCAACAGGCCUUUGUCACACAGUUGGGCAAGGUAGUCGGAGUGGUCUCCAAGAACGAGGUAAGGAGAGCCAUUGAAGAUCUGGCAAACCCCAAAUCGGCAAAAUAAUAGAGAACAGCUUAUGCUGAAAAGGAGCCCCUGCCUCCACCCACCCCCCAGACAUUGCAGAGAACCAGAGGGACUAGAAACACAAUCUAAGAAGAUUCCUCUUCAAUGUUUUCCGGUUAGAUUCCUGUUGCUUGUUAA